AUGACGUUCAAUAUGAGGCGUUCAAGAGCAGAUGCUGCGAUCUCUACCACGGCGGAUCUCUUGAGUAAAUUGAAGGAUCUGUCGGAUGCUGUACCCGUCCCAUAUGUCAAGAUGGCUUUCUCGGCGGCGUCUGCUAUCUUCGAUAUGCUAGAUACUAUGAGCGGAAAUAAAGGAGAAUGCGCGCGUCUGAAGAAACAAAUCGAGGAUAUGAUCCAGAUGCUCCUCGAUCUGUCCCCGCUGACCGUGUGCAUCUUGAGCACUUCCACCAAAUCUCAUAGAAUCAUAGAUGAGCUACAAUCGACGCUGUUACACGUUCAGAAGUGUCUGAAGAAGAUAACGGGACGCAAUGCUUUCACCAAAUUCGCGCUGUCAAAGAGUAUCGCGAAGGAUCUCAGCGACUGCCGUGAAGAUAUCCAAGAUGUCAUCGCCAAGAUGCAGGUUUACGUGACUAGCAAACAAUACCUGGAGUACGGGGAGCACGCCGCUGGUGUAAAACGGGUUGGACUGAGCGAUAUUCAGCGCCACCGCGUAUCGCGUUCGGGUGAAUAUGAGGACGUAACCGUCUAUGACUCAAGAAAGGCUGUCAUGAAAGUGUACUCCCAGCAGGACAUGGUAUGCGACAGUAACGUCUUCGAGCAGAAAGGGUCUGAUGGCAGCCAGUUUGUCGAGGACUUGAAGUUUUAUCUUGACAACAAAGAGGCGUACCUCCUUCAAGUGUUUGGAUAUUCCGAAUUCUCAGAGAAGGCACAAUGGAUGCUUCUUUUCCAUGAUCCCGGAGCACCUGCUCAAGCAUACAUAGCUGAGACGUAUCGCAGAGAAUCCCCGCGGGAGUCGACCUUAAAGACUCUGGCCAUGAUGACUGAGCUACUGCAAUCGGCUCAACAUGUCUUGAAGAAUGGUUCCGGCGGCUGUAUCUUUGAUACGGCUCAGGUUCGAUACCAUACAUCUCAUGGUAGCAUAGUCCUUGCAGACUGGAACCCGUCGAGAGCCUACCCCAAGGACUCCUCUUCGGAAGUGAAGACAGUCGUCUUGUGGGAUUCCUUUGUGAAGCUCAUGACCGAGUCGUUGACAGGCGAUCCGUUACAGCCGACUCAUGUACACGGAGAGUAUAGCAAGACUGGUGCAUAUGUCAGCCGCGCCGUCAAGCACUUUGUGCAUCUGCUGUGGAAUUACCGGUACCAGUAUAAGACAGCCGACAUCGACGGACUCUUCCGACAGCUCAUCGAGGCUGUCAAUCAGCUUCGUCGUUCUGUCGAGGAUUCGCCAGAUUCGGGAGGGGUCAACCCUCUUCUCCUCGCCCUUCUGCAGUACCAGCCCCUGUCGGCGUCGGUAUGCAGCAUGUGGGAUAUAUAUGAUGAUGUGGAUAUCGAACCGGGUGAUGUCGGGUACAUGUAUCGUGACAAGGAGAGCAAGAAGCUGGCCUUCCAACGGAUCACUACGCUCCAAACGCUGGUGGAGGAAGAUCCGACCAUGGAUAAGCGAGUGAUCGCUCAAGUUAAGAGACAGCAGGCGCCUCUCCUGUACUUUCCGGACGCAGAUCCAAGUCCUUGGGAUUCCGUAGAAUUAUCGGACGGACUGACACGCUAUACCCUCCGCCUACGGGAUUGCACCUACACCCGGAAGGUUGGUGUGAAGCUGGGCACAGAUCGCGCUAGCCUAAACACCCGGUUUGACUAUCCUUGGUCUACUGUACUUCUCAUGGCGGAGCGACUACAGCAGUACGCUGAUCAGUAUAAGAUCCACGUAUCUGAUAUAAUGCUGAUAUUCAACCGCGGCCGUGCAGAGCGUUAUUCUCAUAUAACAUUUGCUGAGAGCCACCAAUACAUCAAUGGCUUGUGUCAGGCAGCAGAGAAGGCUGGGUUCCACAACGAUCUGCUCUAUUACUUUGACACCCCCAAUGUCUCCCAUGGGCAACUGGAAGGUUACUGGUCCAUCGAUCCCGAGCCAGGACACCCUUUAUGGCCGCCAUCACUUGAUGAAAGUGGAACGCCCUGGGGUUGGGAACACGCCGAACCUGGCCUAGGGCUCAAUGUAGAGGUGUCACGUAUUCUGUUCGCGUUGCACGCGUCUGUAACGGGCACGGCGGUUGCGAGGACCGCGCUCGAACACCUAGGACCAGAACGCGCGGCGAACGAGGCGCAGACGGACAAGGAUGAACAGGAAGGUGCAGACGAUAUGACACAAGAUACGCCACCCUCACCAGACUCCGGAUCGGACGAGGCGGUGCGCGAGUUGCGAGGCAUCGCCGCCGCAGGAUUGGGAUUCAAGAAUAUCGAUAGUGUGACGGCCGAUGAUAUACGAGCAACUCGCGCGGCCCGGACCGCCUUGAGGGCUAAACAAAAUCCUGUACCCCCUCUCACUGCCAUUCAGCAAGAGAUUGCCGAGGGCGAAGUUCUGUACGCGUCAGGACUCCGCAAAAUGAUUAAACUAAAGAGCAGUCGCGUUCUCAAGCACGGCAUUGAUGCUCAAGUAGCGGCUGCGGAGGUUGCUGCUAUGAAGCUCAUUUCCGAGCAUACCACGGUGCCCAUCCCUGUAAAUCCAGAACACAUUGUCGACGCCGGCCGGAGCUACGUGGCUACGGAUUAUGCGGAAGAACAGGUUCUUUCCAAAGUCUGGGAACACCUGCGCGACGAUGAGAAGGUCACAAUCCUUGGUGAACUCAAAACAUACGUCAACCCACUCCGAUCGCUGGAGCCGCGGCCGCCUGGUUACAUUGGAUCCCUCAACCGUGAUCAAUGA